AUGGCAUUUGCCGAACACGUUUUUACAAAUAGGUUAUGCGACGAGUCUCUAAAACUAAUUGGGAUUGACCAGUUUAUGAGUGGUAGGUUAAAGUCACCUGCUAUGAUACAUGUAGAAUUACAUGUUUUGCUUCCAAAACCUCAAUUUCAAAAACCAAAUUUGCUUCCAAAACCUCAAUUUCAAAAACCAAAUUUGCUUCCAAAACCUCAAUUUCAAAAACCAAAUUUGCUUCCAAAACCUCAAUUUCAAAAACCAAAUUUGCUUCCAAAACCUCAAUUUCAAAAACCAAAUUUGCUUCCAAAACCUCAAUUUCAAAAACCAAAUUUGCUUCCAAAACCUCAAUUUCAAAAACCAAAUUUGCUUCCAAAACCUCAAUUUCAAAAACCAAAUUUGCUUCCAAAACCUCAAUUUCAAAAACCAAAUUUGCUUCCAAAACCUCAAUUUCAAAAACCAAAUUUGCUUCCAAAACCUCAAUUUCAAAAACCAAAUUUGCUUCCAAAACCUCAAUUUCAAAAACCAAAUUUGCUUCCAAAACCUCAGCAAAUUAUAGAAAAAUGA